AUGUCCGACCAACCCGCCGCUGUGCCAGCCGCCGAGGCAGCCAGCAACCCCACCGAGACCAGCAAUGGCAGCAAUGGCAACGCCCAGGACGUCAAGACCGCUGAAGCUUCUGCAGAGGCGACUGCCACCGCCGACGCGACCGCAGAUACCAAGUCCGGCGAGCAGCCCACCGAGAAGCGCAACGACGACAACGACUCCAAUGACAAGCGCAGCAACGACAAGCGCGAGUCUGGCGGACGCCCUCAUCGCGGCAAGCGUGGCGGUUUUCGCGGCGACCAUUACAACGGCCGCAAGCCUCUCCGCAAGCCAAUUGACAAGUCGGAGUACGAGAAUCUUCCAGAGUCCAGUGAUCCCGACGAGAUCCGCGGUCAGGUCGAGUUCUACUUCUCGGACCACAACCUGAAGCAAGACGAGCACUUGUUCCUCGAGUGCCAGGGUCCCAAGAACCUCCCCGUCCCUAUCAAGCACAUGUGCCAGUUCAAGCGCAUGCGUCGCUUCACGCCCUACACCGCCGUCGUUGAUGCUCUCCGAGCCAGCGAGUCGCUCGAAGUUGUUGAUGAUGGUUCCUUCAGCGGUCCAGGCAACGAAGGUGUCCGCCGCAAGUCGGCAUUGGUUGUCCCUGACACCCCGGGUCCCCACGAGCAGGACCCUCCUACCAUGAAUGACCUCCAAAAGCGCUGCAUUCGGGCCUACCAUGCCGAAGACAGUGCCGACAUCUACGUCAAGGGAUUCCUCAAGGCAGACGCGCCCAACGGUAGCGACGUCGGUCAACUCACCCUUGAGCAGUUCUUCAAGCCUUAUGGCUCAGUUGUAGUACGCAAGCGCCGUGACUUGGACAAUCUCUUCAAGGGCAGCGUGUUCGUCACCUUUGAUUCUGCCGAGUCCGCUCAGCAGUUUCUGCACCUCGAUCCCAAGCCAACCUUCAACGGCCUGGACCUUACCAUCAUGACCAAGCGCGCCUAUAGCGAGAUGAAGUGUCGCGAGAAGGGCAUCAUCCCAGACUGGGAGAAGAAGAAGAACAACAACUCGGGCGACACUCGCGGACGCGGACGUGGAGGUGGCAAUCGUGGACGCGGUGACCGUGGUCGUGGCCGUGGCCGCGGUGGACGUGGUGGACGGGACGAUCGUCGCCGCCGCAACUCUGGUGGUGGUGAUGACUGGAACGAGCGUCGCGACCGCUUCCAAGCUGACAAGGGCGAGCAAGGCAACAAGCGUAAAGCCGAGGAGGAGGUCAAUGACGGUCCGAAGAAGGCCAAGUUGGAGAUCAAGGAGGACGAGUAGGGGUUUCCUUUACUGGACUUGAUGCUUUCCUUUUACUUUUCCAU